CCAAAUAAAUUCAUUUUUCACCUGUAAAAAUAAUGGAGGCGGCAGAGGAGGCAGUGGAAAUCGAACACCACGAACUGCAGCAUUUUGCCGGGGUCGAGGCUAGGUCCACCCAGGGACAGGGCAGUUUCCUCUCCACCCUCUCAGUGUCUUCGUGCGUUAUUACAUACACGAGAAAUGCAAAGACGGUUUUGUACAUUCUUCUGUUGAUCACGUGCGUGCCUAUAAUUGUUGGAGCAGCUUUUACGAGUAUUUUUACAGAAGAUGGGAAUUACAAUGCUGCAGUGUGGGCAUUCUUUACAGGUUGUAUGUCAGUAGGAACUUGUUCUCUAUAUACACUACACUUGUUUGGAAAACUGGAGAAGUACCAUGAUAAUGCAACUUUAGAAGGAUUAAAGGUUCUGGGAAUGAUAUUUAGUGUAAUAUCAGGCAUUGCAGUUGGAGUUUAUACAAUUCUUUCUUUUCUAAAUAAGCAAGCUUUUGCACUGUAUGGUCUAAAUUAUUUUUCCUCGGCUAUUUUCGGUGGACUAUGCAUUUUCAGUAGCAUUCAACUUGUUGCAACGGCACAAUAUUAUCAAAACGCAUUACGGGUUGCAAGUUUCGUGGAAAGAACAAACGCGCAAACGUCUGCAUUACAAAGCAUCUGAGUCAUCCAGCUAAUGGCAAAAAGGCACAAGAAGAAAACAAGAUUACGUUCUUCGUACACAGAAUUUCAUUUUUAACACAACUCAUUUUUUAUGUUCUAAAACUUUCAUUAAUGAUGCCUAGAAUAAAACUCAGGUAUUUAGUACC